UUUAAAGGGUGUCCCUAACAAUUUGACCGGAGGAAUAUCGUUGUCGCGGGUGUGCCUAAUCGUUUGGCCAAAUCAUAACCACUGCGUUCAUCCCCGCAUUCGAAGUCUCACUUUGUCAAGUGUUCCCAAUGUUUUGUCCAGAAAACCCUUACGAUGACGACGGCGACGACAUUGACGAGCCGAGUACUCGGCCAAUCAGCGUCGCCAGGUCGACUCGACCCCGCCCCUGUCCCGCGAUCCCUCCUUCGUUCGGAUGACGCACGUCGUGUGGUCAGACGGGUCAGCCGAUGCUCUCAGAGGGACCAGCAUCACCGGCACGGCAGCAAGAGUGAGCCCAGCCUCCCCAGAGCGCUUCCGCGACGGCGUCAUGAAGCACGAAGGUUCCGGCAGGAUGAGCGCGAGGACGUGAGUGGGCCCAGGCCGCCUUUGGGCGCACCUGUGGCUGAUGAUGGGCUGCGGGGGGAGCAGGGCGGACGCGAUAAUCGAGCCGAGGUACCACGAGAGCUGGACCAGAGACACCGAGUCGACGUGGCUCACCAACACCGAUGUGGAGGCUCCACUGUCGGUCGGCAACAGUAAGGCGUUCGAGGCGGGCCUGCGUGAGAAGAGGAUGGUGACCACGGGCACGCAGUGCGGCAAGCAGACCCUCACCAACAACACCAGCGCAGCCUGCAACCAUCAUAGGAGACCCAGGGGCUCGUUCAGUGACGAAAGACUUUCGCACGCCAGUCGCGACUCCAAGUGCAAGACCUCCAAGAAGACCGGCGCUUUGAGCAAGGACAUGCAGUCCAUCGGUGGCGGUGGUGACGAUGAUGAGUCCUGCAAUGCGUGCGACGAGAAGUGAACGCCACCCAGAGCUCCGCUGCUAAAAUGACCUAGUCGGCCUAGUCGAUGUUUCCGAAAGCGCUGCAAUGCACCCCCCAGAAGAGUUUGGAAUGCUGCCAUCUUUGGCCCCACCCACCACCUGUCCCCCCUCCCCUUGCAUGCCAAAGCAAAGUUGGCGCUCAGGGAGUGGAUCACUGUGCCACAGCGCUACAAUCGGCUUCACUUCUUCUCUGUGCACACGCGUUCCCGUUUCAGAUUGCAUCAAUUGACUUUUAUUGUUUUUUUUUUUCUUCAAAAGAAACCAGAAGUGCUGUUUUGUAGAGAGUCUCUGCAAGAUGUUGAAAAACACCCGCACGUGCCUAUGCUGUUUGACGCUUUUGUUGGUCAUUGGAGUGCUGUGUCAUGUACAUGACAUGGGAGGAAAAAUAUACUCAUUCUUGCAUGUGACAUGCUAAUUUGUACAUGAAAAAAACUGAUUUCUGUGUACAAAAUAUCAUAAAAAUACAAAAACUAGUCAUUUAUGCGCACGAAAUACUACAAAAAUGAACUGGUCGGCAGCCAAACACGAAUUUAUAUUGACAUAAUACUCCUUGAGCAAAAAUACAAACAAUGCGAUGCAAUUAGUGCUUAUGAAAUAAUAAUUUGUAUGAACAAAGGACUAGUUAUGCACCCAAAUCUGGAAAAUAAAUAAAUAAAAAUACAGAUUCAUUUGAUCUAAUUUUGUGAGCACAAAAUAAUUUCUGGCCAGGAAAUAUUAAAAAAAGAAAUACUUAUUUGUGCACACCAAAAAUAAUGUGUGUGCACUAAAUAAUUAUGCUACAAAAUCACACCUCCGAAAAAAUUGGUCUCAUAAAUUACUAACUUGGCGGAUGAAAUGCUAUCUUGUGUGCACAAAAUACUACAAAACUACAAGUCAAUACAAAUUAAUGUCCAUGAAAUACUAAUUUGUGCAUGUGAAAUGCUAAUUUGUCUACCUGAAAUGGAACAAAAAUUUGAAAAAUAAUUUGUGCGCACAAAAACACGCAUAUUAAUGUCGUAUCUGAGGCUGCGCACUCAUUUGCUUGUCUAAAAACCGCUAAAAAAGCUGUCUUUGUCAGUAAAAAAAACCAGUUUGCGCAAACGCCAUGUGCCACGUGCUGAGUGGCAACUAGAGAGCGUUGUUGAGUAAGCAAAUCCAAGUGAUGCUUUUAAUUUAAUUCGGAAGUUUAUUAAUAAAACGUGAAAUGAAAAAAAAA